AUUUAGUUUUCUACCAGAUGGCAUUGGAAAAAGAUUAAAAUCACUAUAUAGCGAAUGAUUUAAGACUUUAAGAAACACUAAAUCUAUCGUUUCGUCUACUGUUCAAGUGUUGUGGAGCUGAAAAAAAUAUACUUUAAUUGGAGUAAAAAGAAGAGUUUUCAGCCGAAAAAUAAUUCAACAAUAGAGAUAAUCUUCUCGGAUGCUUAUUAUGUAAACUUUCAAAUUCUUGAUGUCUGAAGUUCGAAGAAGACAUUAAUCACAGACAAAAUAUCCAGAGAAAAGAAGAAAUUUAAUUAGAUGGAUAAGUCAAUUCCCAACUGCUACUUAUCAAAAAAAUUUGAUUCCAUUAUUGCCUACAAAAUAUCGUAUCAUAAAAGGAUUACUUACAUGACACGGACAUUCUUUUCUACAAAGGUGUGUUAGUAUUGUCGCAAGUACAUGACGACAUGAAACAUUGCCAUUAGCAGAAGGAACCGAGCCAGCGUCAACGACACACGUAGUGACUCGUUGAUACGCGGAAUUGGUUUGUCUUAAAUUCAGGUAAAAAUGAAAGAGAGAUAGCAAAGCAUUUUUUCACAAAUUUUAUCGAUAGUUGAGAAAAAUUAAAAGUGCCAAGAACUCGUUUUUCUACUAUAAUCGAACAAGAAAGAAAGUAAGUGAGACAGCCUCCAGUUUAGUUUUGCACAAUCCUAAAGGCUCGCGAGUGUUCGAAUCGGCGCCUCCAUUGAAAAACGAUAAAAAUAAAUAAACAAAAUGUGGUUUUUAAUUUUUGCGCUUGUGUGUUGUGAAGUGUCAUCUGAAUUACAACAGGAUUUAAGUGAUGUUAAUUUUUCUACAACAGGAAGUCAAAGGAGAAUAGUACCUGACAAUUCUAGUAUUACUUCGAUAUCGUUACCGAUUGCGAGGACAAUGAAUACUUUAGGAAAAUUUAAUUAUUCUGAUCUCAUAGAAGAUUUUCCAGCCCCAGCAGAAAUAAUUCGAGUUGGAAGAAAUUCUCAAUCUAGAGCAAUAAGGCCAGAGUUUGCAAAAUGCAUGCCCGAGAGUACAGUUGUGCGGGUUGUCAAAAAUCCUGAACCAUCGACCAUUUACUUUCCAGCAUGUAUAAGAGUAAAAAGAUGUGGAGGCUGUUGCCAAAAUAGUUUAUUGGCCUGCGAACCAACAGCGAAUAAUACAAUAUAUUAUGAAAUAACAGCAACAACGAUUAAUUACUCAACAGAGAACCAUAAACCUUUUCGAUUUAAGAAUGCAAUUAUUGUACCAAUAGAAGAGCAUACAGCAUGUAGAUGUGUUUGCGCGAUUAAGGAAACAGAUUGUAAUAGUAAUCAAAUGUACAAGCCGGAAGAAUGCAGAUGUCAAUGUAAAAACCUUGACGAGAAAGAAAAUUGCAAAGCGGGUAACGCCAAGAAAACGUGGAACCCUGAGCUCUGUAUCUGUCAAUGUCAGGAAGUUGAACAAUGUCCUACAAACUUCUACUUCGAUCCAAACACUUGCAGCUGCAAGAAGAUAGUAGUCGAAGCCUGGUCCAGCGACAACAGAAGACCAAAUUAUAGCUUUAAUACACCAAGACCUAGUCAGUCGUUACCGGUUUUAUAUCCACCCGAUGUAGACGAUUCGCGAAAACGACGAUAACAAUAUGCUGAACAGUAAAAAUUAAUUAUGUUUUCUAUUCAAGUAUUUAUACUGCUAAGAAAUUUCGCCUUACCAGAAUUGUAAAAAGUAUUAACAUUAAGAGAUUAAAGUCUGGAUAAGCGACUAUUCAUCACAUAGAUUAAUUUUUAAUUUCUAUUUGACUAUGUGAAGUACCAUUUCUUCGGUUUGUUAUUAUGACUUUUAUUAAUUUAAAAAAUGUAAAUUUUCGUAAACUACAAUGACGUAUUACAAAUUAUGUCACAUUAUUCUAUAAUAGUAAUGAAUGAAACUCAUGUGAUAGUUUUUACCUGUUGUGAAUUUAAAAUAACAUCCAGAAGUAUUCAUAUCAAAAUAUUGUAUAAAGUUACAAUAUAAUUGACUCAACUUUAAGCUAAAGAAUGUAAAUUCAUGUUUAUUUUCAUAUUUAUAUAUUAUUGUAAUUAAAUUAUGAAAGAGAAUUAUAGGGACAUUAUUUCUAACGUAUAUUAAAAUAACGACUGCGUUUUCAGUAAACUGUAAUUGUUUAUAGGUUUUAAAAGCCUUUUAAAUUCUUUUACUGUUUAUAAAUUUUUUACAUGCAAAUUUAUGUAGUACAAUAUGUUGCUAGAUAUAUUUUCACGUUAAUUUUUUAACUUAAAAAUUUAUGUUACAAAAUACAUUUUUGCAUUAUUUAUUACUCUAAGAAACGGAUAUUAUCAUUUCUCGUAAAGAAUGUUUUUAUCAUAAAAGUGGAAUUUACUUCCUUAGUAACAUAUAUCAGAAAAAACAAACAAUAGAUUUGUAAAAAAUAUUUAAAUUUUCUAACAAUCUUUUGAUUCACGUUUUAUUUGGUCCGUAACUUUGCUUGAAGUCCGUAAAAGUCCGUUUUUUUGAAAAAAGGUCCGUAAAGUCCGUAAAUUGUGAAUUGUAAAUUGUAAAUUUGGAUAAUUUUAGAGAAAUUGCAAAUGAUUGUA